UGUACGAAUCAGUAUUGCUUCAGCUUUUGUAGAAGCAAACUGUGUUUUAUAUUAAUCUCUUGUUGAUACAUACCAUCAAUAACAAUAUAGUAGAUACAUGCCACCAAUAACAAUAAAACAAAGAUUGACGAUUAAACACUAUUAAGUAUUAUUGGUCCCCAGAACAAAUAUAUUGCUGAGGUUAUCUCGAUACAUUCUGUAAAAGAAGAAUACUUUUUAUAUUCUUAGAAUUAGAAUAUAUAAAGAAGAACAUAAUGAAGGCUUUCGUACUUGCUACGUGUUUGCUAAUCAUGAUCGUUUAUGCAGCUGAUGCUCAACUAGUGGAAAGACUUCCUGAAGCCUUAACAAAAUGUCCAUCAGUAGUGACACAGUGUGCACCUAACCCAAGCACUCUCUUAACAUGUUAUGAUACUUGGUAUUGUUUACUUAAAGUGUUAGGCGUAGUUGAUGAAAAUGAUGUACUGAUGGAUAAAAGGGCUCUUGAAUUUUGUGAAUUUCUAAUCACUGAUCCUAAAGAAACGGCUCAUUGCGAGAAGGUAGCCAGUCAGUGCUUUGAGAAAGGAAAUCAAAUAUCAGGAUCCGACAGCGAGAAAACCCGAGUUAAACUGACAUGUACAGUUAACAGUGGUCUACCAAGCCUUGUACUUAGUAUACCAAACCUUACAAAUAUACCAGGUCUUAUAGAUGCAGUAGGCAAUCUAAAUCUACCAAAUCGUAUAGAGGAGAUAUUAUAAAAGAAAAUGCAUAAUGAUUUGUUGAAGAUAUCAAUGCAGUUGAUAAUCAUUAUUUUAUGCCAAUUUAAAAUGUGAAAUAAUUCGGUUUUUGUUAUAGUUCUAUAUUAUGUUUAUAAUUAGCACUUAAAAUCAAUAUGUCAAAAAUAAAAUAUAAUGCACAACGUUAUCUACUAUUUUACAGAUUAUUUUCAUAAAAUUCUAAUUUUUAUAUUAUUUGACAAUCGCAGCAACAUUUAACUGAUACACAAUCUAACUGACAAAUUCAACAUCACACAGUAUCUUAUUUAUCUCAUCAACACCUGUAUAAAAUUGAUCUGAGAGUAACAUAUCUCAGUCAUAAUAUUAAGUGUUUAAUACAUCUGUAAUAAAAGCAAAGUACAAUUGA